AUGGUUUUCUUCUUCAAUAAAGGGUGUAAACACAUGAGGUUAUUUACGAUACUGGCAUUAUUGGGAACCACUGAGGCAUUUUUUGAACAGUUUUUCCAAGGAGGCGAAGGAUUUGGGCGCCAAAGACAGCAACCACAACAACGAGAGAGUAGUCAUGAGGAAAGGUUCCUUAAUAAGGAAUGUAAGGGGUAUUUGUGUCCUGAUACCCAGGCAUGCGUGAAGAAGCCCAUGGAUUGCCCAUGUCCAUUUCCCAACAGUCAAAAGAAAUGCAUUGUUGGGAACUCUUACUUGUGUAUAAGUAAAGGUAGUAGAGAUUGUUCAGAAUUAAUAUAG